AUGAUGAACCAACUUCCAUUUAUCCUGCGGCCUGCCGUUCGCAAAAGGCCUCGGUAUUCCGUCCGCCCGUUUUACACUACACUCUUGGUGUUCGUGGUCCUUGUGGCACUGAGCUGGGCUGUACGCAGCAAUGUAAUUGGACAGUCCCCACGACGUAUCACUACAAAUGUGUUCCUGACCAGGCGAGGAAACGAACCAGAGUGCCGUCAAGUUCGUGACGUGAAGGAUCAAUGCGCUUAUAUUCGUACCAACUGCCCCGACCACCAAGAUGGCCUACUCUCCUACUUGCAGCUCUAUUACUGCACUUUGGCAGAUGCGAAACCGUUAGCUUUCACAAUCCUAAUACUUUGGCUAUCGCUCCUAUUUAGUACAAUUGGUAUAGCAGCCAGUGAUUUCUUGUGUAUCGACCUGAGCACACUGGCGAGCAUUCUAGGAUUGAGUGAAAGUCUCACCGGCGUCACCUUCCUCGCAUUUGGCAACGGCAGUCCCGAUGUCUUCUCCACAUUCGCCGCCAUGCGGUCAAAUAGCGGGAGCCUGGCAAUUGGCGAGCUGAUUGGGGCAGCCAGUUUUAUUACUUCAGUUGUGGCUGGUUCCAUGGCUUUGGUCCGACCUUUUAAAGUGGCACGGCGGAGUUUUGUCCGAGAUAUAGGGUACUUCGUGGUUGCGGUUACUUUCAGCAUGUUUUUGUUGGCUGAUGGCCGAUUGCACGUGUGGGAAUCGGCUGCAAUGGUGGGGCUUUAUGUGUUUUAUGUCCUGAUGGUCGUAAGCUGGCACUGGUAUUUGGUUCGGCGCCGCCGGAAGUACGAAAGAGACCUCGCGGCACGAACCCACUUCCACAUCCCAGAAAACCAGGAGUUGGAUGUUGAAGAGCCGAUAGAAGAUGAUGAUCCGGGAGUUGCUUCGGAAUCGCGAAGCCUUCUGCGAGGCGCAUCGACGGAUGACUUUGACCUCUUGGAACGGACUGAAGGGGUUCCUAUUUGGAAAGAACAAGAGGACGAAGAUGAUGAGACCCGCAACCGCUAUCUUGCUGAAAUCAGCGAUAAUAUGCAUGUGUAUCGUCCGCCCAACCGAUCCCGACGAAACACGAUGAAUCCCAUUCGGCCCAGCCUUGUUGGUGCACUAGAAUUCCAGUCUGUGCUCCAUUCGCUUCAGAAAUCAAGAAGCACGAACAUCAAUCCAACCAUUAGCUUGAGUAGCUACUCGGACGACGGUGAUAAUUCUCAAGCCUUUGACACCCGGUCUAUUGCAUCACAUCCUCGUGCCGGCAGACCAUCUACUACCAACGACCGCCUUUCGCCGCAAAGUGCAUCGGGCUCUUCACGAGUUCGUGCUGUGUCGGCUAAUGAUGCCGAUGGCUUACAGCUUGACACCAGUUUGUUAGGCCGCCAUGCAGAAGACACGCCACGCGUGACAGUGAGGCGGCCCUCCAAUGAAGCCGGUGACUCGGCAAUCCCCGAGCUACCCCGUAUAGACACUAGUGGCGCUGCAUUGACGGCAUCGCCAUCGUCUUCCGCCGUGUCAUCCACAAAUGGAAGCCCAGUGGAUGCAGCAACUCCGCACACUCCAGACCUAUUGGCGCCUCCAGGGGCAUUUCAGUCCCCUAAUUAUCUCACUGGCGCAACGCACGACCGAUCCCCUGCUCCGGUAUCACCACGAGGAGGCUCCAGUCUUCGAACCGGACCUAUACCUGAGAGCCCCUCCGCACCGUUCCCCGCGUUUGUUGAUGUAACAUCUCAUCCAUCGUCCCGCCCACCUAGCAUUCGACUCCCCUACCCAGCUAGUCCAUCAGAGCCUUUCUUGGUUCAUGACAGCAUUGGUGACAUGGAAAAUGAUAACAAUGGCUCAUUCCGGAAUCCUUUGAAGCGGUUUUGGCCUUACUCAGUCCUCCCCACUCCCUCGCAUAUUGGUUGCACGCUUUUUCCAACAUUGGCAGGAUGGAAGUCGAAGGGUAUCAUGGAGCGAUUUCUGGGUAUCGUUGCUGCGCCUAGUGUAUUUCUUCUCACCAUCACGGUCCCAGUCAUUGAGCCUCAUGCACCCGAAAUCUCGGAGCCCGACUUAGUACCCGCUGUAGUCGUUGAUGAAGUCAACGACAAUGACAAUUCUGGUCCGAGAGUCAGACUGCCGGCCGAUAGUCCUGUACUUUCGCCUAUCUUGCUAGGCCGCCAGGAUUCCACGUCCCACCUAUCAGUGUCGCAUUCCCAUCGCAAGUCGACCAUUCAGGACCAGACGACUCGUCCGCGUUGGGACUCGGAGCUCCCGCCCGCACCACCCGUUAUGUCUGAGCCAUCUGUACCAGCCAGGGAUUGGAAUCGUUGGCUUGUUAUCGUGCAGCUUUUCACUGGCCCCUUCUUCUUUGUCCUAAUUGCAUGGUCAACUUUGGAUGAAGACCUCAAUCCCCGAAACCUGAUUCUUCCUUCUCUGGUUUCCCUUCUUUUCUCUUUCAUCUUUCUCUCGCUUCUGUUAACCACCACCCGACGUCGUCCUUGGCACCGACAAGCCUACACAGAUGCAUCCAAUGAUCAACGCCAUGGAUCGCUUGAGGUCAUUCCACCACCGUCCCUUCCGUCCUCAUGGAGACCCUUCCUCUCCCUACUUGGAUUCUUGGUUGCCAUUUCCUGGAUCGCAACAAUUGCCACUGAGGUGGUGUCUUUGCUGAAAACUCUCGGUGUCAUUCUUGAUAUCUCAGACUCACUGCUAGGCUUGACUGUCUUCGCCGUGGGCAACUCUCUCGGCGAUCUUGUCGCAGAUAUUACCGUUGCCCGCCUUGGAUACCCUGUCAUGGCUCUCAGUGCGUGCUUUGGCGGGCCAAUGCUUAACAUCUUGCUUGGCAUUGGCCUUGGAGGCCUAUACAUGACACUCAACGGGGGUAACACACGACGACAUGACGAGAUCCUUGGUAGGACCGUCUCUUCAGAAUCGGUUUCUUAUGAGAUUGCCAUAUCCAAGGUGCUGGUCAUCAGUGGCGCUACUCUUUUGAUGGUUCUGGUUGGGCUUUUGAUUGUCGUCCCUUUGAAUGGUUGGAGAAUGGAUCGCAAGAUUGGAUGGGGUCUAAUCGCCGUAUGGUGUUUGAGUACCUUGGGAAACGUGAUUGCAGAGGUUGUAUCCUAA